CCUACAAGCACUACCAUUCACGCAACACCGCCACUAAUCCUACCACAAAGAACGUAUCAUUCAUAUCUUCCAAUAGACAAAACAUAGACAGAGCAUUUUGAUUUUCAUCCCUCAGUCAAUCUGAAGAUUGAUCCCUGCUAUUUGCUCCAGGGUCUUUUUCAUGUUUCCUUUUGUCAUUUAUCUCUAGUUGUGGCAUGUUUACCUAGUCAAAUCGAUUUUUUUUCAAGAAAGGGUUUUGCGUAUAGGUUGGCAUGAAAAGUGAAGGACUACCAAGAGGAAUGAAGUCCACACGUUGGUGCAUUGUUCUCCUGUCACUCAUUUCUAUGGUUACAAGUGCCCAUUCAUCUGCAUCUGGAAGUUCAGACAUUCUGAAGUCAGAGAGACCAAAGUCAAGAGCUAAGGACCUCUGGACAACAGGCACCAGCAAGGACGUAUCCAUCAGUCAUCUGCUCUCCCAGACCUUUUAUGACAAGAAUCUGUCUGGCCUGGAUCUGAACUAUGACAAGUUGGAACCGUACUCUAAACAGGAGCUCUGGGACUGGCUCCACAACACCUCUAGCCUUCAUGACCCCCGCUCCCGAUCCAAGAGGAGACCUAUUGUCAAGACAGGAAAGUUCAAGAAGAUGUUCGGCUGGGGCGACUUCCACUCCAACAUCAAGACAGUGAAGCUCAACCUGCUGAUCACCGGGAAGAUCGUAGACCACGGCAACGGCACGUUCAGCGUCUACUUCCGCCACAACGCUACGGGCCAGGGCAACGUGUCGGUGGGGCUGGUGCCGCCCACCAAGGCCGUGGAGUUCCAGCUGCAGCAGUCGACGGUCCUCGAGCCCAAAGACACCAAGCUGUUCAACUGCAGGGUGGAGUACGAGAAGGUGGAGAAGGGCACCAGGAAGUCGCUGUGUUCCCACGACCCCUCGCAGAGCUGCCCUCAGGAGCAGACCCAGAGCCAUGUGUCCUGGCUGUGCUCCAAGCCCUUCAAAGUCAUCUGCAUCUACAUCUCCUUCUACAGCACCGACUACAAGCUGGUGCAGAAAGUGUGUCCGGAUUACAACUACCACAGCGAUACUCCCUACCUCCCCACCGGGUGAUUGGCUGAGCGGCUAAGGGAAAGGAACAGAGACAGACAGGGCAUUCGCUCCUGAGAGGUGUCAGUUGAUUUGAGCUAGGCUGGCACGGCCCUCAAUAGAACAGGGGAGGAUGCUUUACUGUCGGAACGGAACUGUUAAAAGGUAUUAUUAAAGCCAAUGAAUCCCUGCUGCUUGUGAGAUCGCAACACUGAGCAGACCUUCCCUAUGGCCAUUGUAAGAGCAAUUAGUACGCAACAUUUCCUGGCUUGGCAUACUUUUUACUCAUGUAUUUUGACCCUCUACAGUAGCUAUAAGAAAGUGCUCUGCCGGAACCUUCUCUGAAGAUUUGUCAUUUAUGUAAAUAAUAACUGAUGAAGCCCACUUUAUUCAAUUAGAAACUGUUUCGAUCUUCUAAUUGUGUGUUGAUGGAAUAGCAUUUUUUUAUUUUCCUUCCCUCUCAUUGUCCAUUUGUGUUUGUCACCGGUGAUUACAAAGCGGAAAUGAAGUAGGUAGAUGCUGACUUACUGCGAAGGAAAGUGUCAGAACGCAUUAAGACGUGCCAUCUAUAUCGUUGCGUGUUUGUAUCUGUAUGACAGCCAGAAAUACGGAUCCUUUCAGAAUAGUUUCUUUUUCAGUCUCAGUGAAUUAUUAAAACAUCAACAUGGGGAAAAUACACACUAAACAGCAGGCAUCUAGAAUCUAGGCUACAUUUAAUAAGAACAAUUAUAUUAAAAAACAUUUGCUACAGAUUAACACUGAGUACACCUAACAUUAGGAACACCUUCGUAAUAUUGAUUUGCGCCCCCUUUUGCGCUCAGAACAGCCUCAAUUCUUCCGGGUGUGGACUCCACAAGGUGUCAACCCGUUCCACAGGUAUGCUGGCCCAUGUUGACUCCAAUGCUUCCCAUAAUUGUGUGAAGUUGGCUGGGUGUCCUUUGGAUGGUGGACCAUUGUCGAUACACACAGGAAACUGUUGAGCAUGAAAAAGCUAGCAGUGUUGCAGUUCUUGACACAAACAGGUGUGCCUGCCACCUCUGAAUGGCACACACACACAAUCCAUGUCUCAAUUGUCUUAAGGCUUAAAAAUCCUCCUUUAACCUGUCUCCUUCCCUUCAUCUACACUGAUUGAAGUGGAUUUAACCAAUUCCAUCAAUAAGGGAUCAUAGCUUUCACCUGGAUUCACCUAGUUAGUCUAUAUCAUAGAAGGUGAAGGUGUUCUUAAUGUGUUGUAUACUCAGUGUACAUUGUUUUUGGUAGAUAACAAAGAAAAAAAUGUUAGCAAUGGUUUUCAGCUCUGACAUUGAUGCCCUGUUGAUAGCAAUCUCUUGCCCUCGGUUAUAUCCUGUCCGACAAAAGUGAGUGCAGAGUAAAUUAGAUCAACGGAGGACUUUCAUUCAUUAUGGAUCUAAGUGUAUUUCAAUAUUUAAAAAAGAACCAUUUAUGUUUGCCCCAUGAGGAAAAAAACACAGUAAAGAGUCCCCACUCUGUUCGCUAUAAAACAUUAAAUCAAGGAAAUCAAAGGAAGUUUCAGCAUAAGAUCUGCUGCUUGUCAGAGGACAUGUAUUAAACUGCAGAGGCAUCUCUCCACACAUGAUAACAACCACUUCUGACAUCAAUAACGCAAAUUCUGGAUGAUGAUGAUGUAAUAACACCAUACGAUAAUGAUACUGGAAAUUUCGAUUUGGCCGUUGAGCUUUCAUUAUGCAAAUGUGAUGCUUGUAGCUGAUUGUGAAACAUCUCUGAGAACCAUCACUGUGAUUGUCAUCCCUGUGUGAGAGAAUCAUGUCUGGGAAUUACACUGACACACAAUGGGAAUAGAAACCCUUUAUGAGGUUGAUAGGCACCUUGAGGUAAUGUUUUUAAUGCGGUUUGCAUUGUACAUCUAACUAGUCAACUAUUACAAGGUCUUUAGUACUGUACACUUGCACACAGACUCGUUUGUUGUUGACACAACUGAAACAUGGAAUGGAAGAUUUGACAAGGUACUUUAUAAGAAAUAGGGUUUGUUUCCUGUGAAGAGAGGGGCCUAUUUGAUAAGAGAGUGUGAACAGGGAUUUAUGAUGUGAAUGAACAAAGCUGACAGAAAUAAACGUUAACAUUUGACUCGUAAAUUGAGAGCAGUUAUCUGUCAUGGCUACUGGAUGACAAAUGUUUCAGAUUAUAUUAUUUGAGUGGGUCUUCCAUUUUUCAUAAAGAGUCAUUUUCUGUAUAAGAUCAGUUAAAUAUGUUGCCAACCUGGACACUCGUCUUCAUUUUAUGUAAUACAUUAUACUUGAUUUAUGGCUAAUUAUUAUUUAUUUGAAAUACAUAUAUGAAUUCAACUGCACUCUUUUAUGAUGGGCCAUGUCCGAUAGUUGCACUUGCUUCUGAGUCUAAGCUCUAUCUGGUACCAUUUCUAUGAAUGAAACCCUCCAUCUAUAAUAUACUACUGCAUGAUUAACACAAGGCUUUCGAUGAGUGAAUUAUCCCUCAUCCCAGAUCCAGUCCGUUGGUGCAGUUGUCCUGGGCCAUAGCCAUUCACCAAGCCUCUGGUCUCCUCCUGCUCUCAGAGAACUUCCUGAUUAAUGUGGUCUGGGGAACUGUCACAAAUGGCAGAUAGAAUCAGGGGAUUUCUCCUUCAGACUCCCAACGACACCCAGCAGCUGCAGGAGUAAACAGAUGACUAACCAUUGGCCUUUUGGCAACCAUUGGAGACUGGGAGGAGACCUGUAAACGUUGCCUUGACAUUUAGGUGGAUUAAAAAGUUAUUGGGAUCCUGCUCUCCUGGUGUCGGAGGUAGUUGGCUCCGUAAUUAAUUGUGUCUUGGUCCUUUUUCAAGAAGCUAAGCUAAAAGCAUGCUAAGUAUCAUGCUUGUUGCAGUCCUUCACGUACUGUAUGUAGGGCUAGGUACACUUGGUUAGCCUAGCUCUUUAUCUGAUAUGACAUCUACAUUAGUGACCAAAUAGCACAUCACUCAUAAACAGAUCAUCAGAUGGGAUGUAAAAUGACUUAUUUGAGUAUGUGCAAUUGGCAUCUAAUUCCAGAAUAAUUCAUUAUUGUCAUUUCAUAUCUUAUGUUAUUGCAUCAUUCAUGUGGUGUUUUGCUUUGAAUCUGUGGUGUUAAUUUCUGUGUGAAAUACUGACGAAUUAAAGCUCUA